UGUUGCAGGGGGAAUUAUUUUAAAGACGGACAAAAAUGGAGGCGUCCAGCAGUAACAUGUGUCUAGUGACAGCUGAAGAGAAAAAGGAUCCCGGUGCAGCUCCAUAUGGAAAUUUUAUAAAUUAUUAUACGUUUAAUCCGCCUGAGAAUCGCCUGAGUUUGAUCCCGAACACACUGCUGGAGGAUGUCGGAUAUCAUGCAGACAGAGAAUCAGUGCUGAUGCUCGAUGUGGGAUGUAACUCAGGGGACUUAUCUAUUGCCCUGUAUAAGCAUCUUCUUCAAGACCAGCCACAUGGAAGUGACCGUUCCAAAAGGAUUCACAUACUUGGAUUUGACCUGGACCAGAACUUAAUCCUACGUGCUCAAAACUCUAACCCAUUCCCCCAAAACAUUCAGUUCAUUCCACUUGAUAUCACCAGUGAGGACAGCCACACUAAACUUGCUUCCUAUCUGAAGAAGUUUGGCCUCAGUCGCUUUCACCUGUGUUCCUGUUUUUCUGUAACAAUGUGGGUUCACCUGAACCACGGAGAUGCUGCGUUAUUAGCUUUCCUCUCACGGCUCGCCUCUGUCUGCGAGUGCCUGUUACUUGAGGCACAGCCAUGGAAAUGUUACCGCUCUGCUGCUCGACGGUUACGGAAGCUUGGGCGCAGUGACUUUGACCACUUUAAGACUCUGGAGAUCCGUGGGGACAUGGCAGCUCACGCUAAAGAGCAUUUAGAAAAGCAGUGUGGAAUGGAGCUGGUUCAGAGUUUCGGUAGUACAUCGUGGGACCGGAGCCUUUUAUUGUUCAAGAGACGAUAAUGCAAUGACCAGUAACCUGUGAACAUUAUAUAAUCAUUGUAGAUUAAUUUUAAAUGAAAAGUUAAGGCAUAAAUGUAAAACUCUUAAAAACUCCUUUCAUACCCGAGACUCACUUUGAUACUAGAGACUUGUACCUGCUGUAAUUAUAAAUACUUUUCUGUGCUCAUCCCAGGACUGUCACUCAUUCAUUCAUUCAUAAUCUGUUCAUAGUAAACAUCCAACAUCCCCAAGUUGUUAAACUUAGUUAGAGUACAGUAAAGUAUACAAUUACAAUUUGAGGAAUAAGUUCACUAAUCAGUGUCACCCAGAAGAAGUUUACAGUAUCUUUCUGUAAUCUCAGUGAGUUUUUUUUCUUGCCAGUCACCUCUGACUUGCUCAUGAUGAAUCUACGUCAGGGUUUAUGUUUAACUUUUGUGAUCAGGUCUUUUGUUAAAAGUGCAAUACAAAUAAAGUUAA